UGUCUCUCUGCUGGCUGAUUCCUCUCUUCCAUCAUCACUGCUCCAUUGCCUCCCCUCUCCUGCUUCCACCUCCACCCUCCCAGUGUCUCAGCGCUGUUGCCUCGCCUCUCUGCUCGUACCGUCUCGUGGGGGAAAGUUGCAGCCAGUCAUGGACGCCAAACCCUCAGCGGAUGGAAGCUCUGACUUCGUGAAGAACGAGGAGGCUCAGGAGAUCCCCCCUAUGAGGAACUACCUCUGUCUCACCAUGUUCACCUGUUUCUGCCCGGCGUGGCCCAUCAACAUCGUGGCGCUGGUUUUCUCUGUGAUGGCCCAGAGGAGCUACCAUGAGGAGGACUACGAGGGCUCCAGGCGGCUGGGUCGGAAAGCUCUCCACCUGGGGAUCGUUUCGUUUGUCCUCGGCCUCGCGAUCAUCACAUCGUACACCAUUGUGCACUUUACUACGCAUGUGGUGUGACCUCUGGAGGAGGAAGAGGAGCUGGAAGCAGAGAAGAGACAGAAACUGUCAUGGAGAGAUUAACUCCAUGGGACGCAAAGGAGGCUCUGCUUGGCGUCUGUCAUCAGCAGCUCUGGAGGUUUUGGAAGAGCAGGCAGAGUCUCACAUUACAGCUGAAUACAUUUUAGUUUUAGCUAUUGUGUAAAUUAUAUUGUAAUAAAACUUUUUACAGGUUUUCUCAUUACAGGGUGAAAGAUGAUGCAAAUGUCUCCAUGAAAGAAAACUUCAAUCAUUGAUGAAAAACUGGGAUUUUAAUUUUUUUUGUCCAGUCUGUACAGAUAGCUUUAAAACAUCUGAUAUACACUGCCUGGCCAAAAAAUAAGUCACUACCUGGAUUUGACUAAAUAAAUAGGUAAGAACCUUCUAUUGGAUAAUUACUGCAGUGAUGAUUUUGUUUCAGCUGCAACAACUUAUUUAACCCUAGCUGAUGCAGUGAGGAGCUUCUCAUUUCUGAAACAACCAUGUUAGGAAGUUAUAUCCUGUGGUCAUGGAAAGGAUGUUGAUGUGUCUCAGAAGGGUCAAAUUAUUGGUCUGCAUCAAGCAAAGAAAACAACUAGGGAGACUUCUGAAACUACUAAAACCAGGCUAAGAAUCGUCCAACGCAUUAUUAAAAUCAGAAGGAUAAUGGAGAACCAUCAUCUUCUAGGAAAAAAUGGGAUCGGAACGAACUCUUAGAUGAUCAUAGGAACUCAACAAGUAAAUUCACAGUUGUGUUUUAUUAGUGACAGUAAGAGUAUUUCCACACUCACAAUGCAAAGGGAACUUGAGGGAUUAGGGCUAAACAGCUGUAGCUCUAAGAAAACCACUGAUCAGUGAGGCUAAAUGGAAAAAAAGGUUUCAGUUUGCUAUUGAGCAUAAAGACUGGACUCUGGAUCAAUGGAAGAAAGUCAUGUGAUCUGAUGGGUUGAUGCUAGAGGUAGGCCACAGGCUACGAGUACGGGUCCGUAUCUGUAGACACUACCGAUCUGAUGAGUCCAGAUUUACUCUGUUCCAGAGUGAUGGGGGCAUUAGGGUAAGAAGAGAGGCAGAUGAAGUGAUGCACUCAUCAUGGCUAGUGCCUACAAGCCUGUGGGGGUUAUGGUUAUGAUCUGGGGUCACGGACAUAUUCCUAGAUGAUGAUGCCAGGAUUUAUGGGGCUCACAUUGAGAAUGAGUGGAUCAGGGAUCAUGAGACGUCAUUUUCACACAUGGAUUGUCCUCCACAGAGUCCAGACCUCAGCUCUGGUCUGCAGUGGUCCGACUCUUCCAUCAUCAACAUAAGAUGUUGAUAGAAAAUGAAUGCAAGUCUGGACAGUAAUAAACGUGGUGACAUUGCAGAAGCUUAUUGAAAUAAUGCCACAGUGAAUGAGUGCCGUACUCAAAGCUAAAGGCAGUCCAACAAAAUAUUAGAGUGUGCCUUUUUUUUGGCAGGGCAGUGUUUAUUAUUGAUUAAUGUAACUAUUGAUCAUUGAUACCUGAUAAAUUGUUAUCUCAUGCUGGCAAGUGCAAGCAAAAUGUCUUUGAAAUAUUACUGCUUUACAGUUUAUUUAUGUGGGCACACAAAUGUAAAAUAAAAAGCUUACUUUACAAA